GCACGCCGGGACGUUUCGAAGGCGGGAGGCGGUGGGCGCCCCGCGGCACCGGGAGCGGGAGGCGGCAGGAUGGUGAAGCUGACGGCGGAGCUGAUCGAGCAGGCGGCGCAGUACACCAACGCCGUGCGGGACCGCGAGCUGGACCUCCGCGGCUAUAAAAUUCCCGUCAUUGAAAAUCUAGGCGCUACCUUAGACCAGUUUGAUGCCAUUGACUUUUCUGACAAUGAAAUAAGGAAGUUGGAUGGUUUUCCUUUGUUGAGAAGACUGAAAACAUUGCUAGUGAACAACAAUAGAAUAUGCCGUAUAGGUGAGGGACUUGAUCAGGCUCUGCCCUGUCUGACAGAACUCAUUCUCACCAACAAUAGUCUUGUGGAGCUGGGUGAUCUGGACCCUUUGGCAUCUCUCAAAUCACUGACUUAUCUGAGUAUUCUGAGAAAUCCUGUAACAAAUAAGAAGCAUUACAGAUUGUAUGUAAUUUAUAAAGUGCCACAAGUCAGAGUGCUGGAUUUCCAGAAGGUGAAACUAAAAGAGCGUCAGGAAGCAGAGAAAAUGUUCAAGGGCAAACGGGGUGCACAACUUGCAAAGGAUAUUGCCAGGAGAAGCAAAACUUUCAAUCCAGGAGCUGGUUUGCCAACUGACAAAAAGAAAGGUGGACCGUCUCCAGGGGAUGUAGAAGCAAUUAAGAAUGCUAUAGCAAACGCAUCAACUCUGGCCGAAGUGGAGCGGCUGAAGGGCUUACUGCAGUCUGGUCAGAUACCUGGCAGAGAACGCAGAUCAGGCCCCACUGAUGACGGUGAAGAGGAGAUGGAAGAAGACACAGUGACAAAUGGGUCCUGAGCUGUUGACCUGAGUGCCUGCAGGAUGUGUCGUGUGCCACGAUCUGGAAUAAGACCUGCUCUUGGAACGUGGAAUAAUAGUCUUUUUGUGUCUGUAAGGUGGAGUUGAUAAGCAUUUGGAAAUGCUUAAAACUGCUGCUGGUGAUUUUGUAAUGUAAAUUUUGAAAUCUAAAUGCCAGUUUUUUAUAAAUAGUGAAAAUAAAGGACAUUCACUGUGCCCCCCCAGCAGUGCACUUCAUCAGUCUGCCUGUUCUGCUUCCC